AUGACCGCUCCCCAGGUGGUGCUCUACUCCACCUCGUCCGCUGGCACCCUCAAAGUCAGGUCCGACAUCGGCCGCAUCAAGAUCUUGCUGGAAGCGAAGCGGGUGCAAUAUGAAGAGAUUGACCUGGCCAUGGAGCCGCUGCGCCGCGAGGCAAUGCUGGCUGGCAGCGACGGCGUGAAAUUGCUGCCCCAGCUGCACAUCAACGGGCGCUACAUUGGCACCGCAGAGGACAUACAGGAGCUGGAGGAUUGGGGGGAGCUGAACCACAUCCUGCGGGGUCUCACUCCUGAGCAAGCAGCGGCGGCAGCGGCAGCAGCGGCAGGCAUCGCACUCGGAGCGGCUGCAGCGCCACCAGCACCUGUGCAGGGCACACCGGCAGCCGCAGCACCGGCAGCAGUUGCUGCACCAGCAGUGGCAGCAGCAGCUCCAGUCACUGCGGUGGCAGUGGUCGCCGUGCCUGCAGCAGCAGAAGCGGCACCAGGCGUAGCCGAGGAAGCAGCGCCAGCCGUGCCUGCCAGUGGUGAGGCAGUGCCACCUGCUGCCGAACAAGGGCCAGCAGACGCGGCAGCACAACAGCCAGAGCUAGUGGUAGCAGAGGAAGAGGAGCCAGCAGCGGCCGCAGAGGAGGACUUGGAGUCACUUGCUAGUGGCUUAGCAGCGACUGCAGUGGCAGGCGUGCUAGCAGCCGCAGCCGCCGAGGACGAGAGGCAGCAGGAGGUCGCCGCAGCAGCGGCAGCAGAGGAGGAGCUUGAGCUUGCGGCGGCUGCCUCGGGUGUGGCAGCCUCGGCCAUUGCAAGCGUGCUAGCGGCAGCUGCCGACGCGGAGGCAGAGGGGCGCUUGGCUGCGGCGGUGGCAGCGGCAUUUGCCCCGGAGGCAGCAGCUGAGCCGCCAGUCAGCACCUCGGGCUUCGAGCCGGUGCAGCAGCAGCAGUGCGAGCCUGAGGCAGCAGUGGUUGUGGCAGAGGUGCCGGCAGCUGUGGCUGAGGAGCCGCAGUCUCCAGUGCAGCCCCCAGCAGCAGCGCCUGCCCCGACAGGCCCGACCCCCGGCCGCAACGCGGCAGCGGCGGCGGCAGUGGCAGCCAUCCAAGCCAGCGCUGCAGAUAUCAUUGACCGCGCGCUCAGAGCAGCCCAGCGCCUGGACCCGCAGCCCCAGCUGCAGGAGGACUUCCCAGGCCAGGAGGCCGCGGGCCGGCAGCAGGGACGCAGCCGCGCGGCUGCAGAGGCGGUGGCUGCGCUACAGCUGGUGGCCUCUGAGCUGCCCUCUCCCGACGCGGACUCGGCUCACCUCAUCUGCUCGCCCAUAAAGCUGCGGCCAGAGCUGCAGCGGCUCUCCAGCCAGCAGUAG